AUGUUGAAUGAGGAUGGAAUGGUGGACAAAUCAAUCGUACCAAUCCAUAUAGGGGAGGAUGUGGAUGGUUGUAGUUCUGGAUAUAGAUUUUAUGUUGAUGACUGCACAGAUAUUGUACCACUGGCAGUUGAUUCAACUCCAACUACAGGAUGUGGUAGUAAUAGUGUGUUAUGCCCUCCAACUCCAGGGAUGGUGUUUGCCUCUUGCGAUGAUAUUCAUGAGUAUUACAAAGCCUAUGCAAAACAAGAAGGCUUUGGAAUCGUUAAGUUAUCGGGAUCUUACAAUGGAAGGGGUGAGAGAAGGAAUUACACUUGGAGGUGUGAUCGUUGGGGCAAUCGAAUCCAUAGGCGGUGGGAGAAUGGAAAAAGAGUUGUAGUUGGGGAGCAUAACUUAUUUGUUCGAACCACCAAAACAAAAAAAUGUGGGUGUACGGCUAUGAUAUACGCCGUUAAGAGCGAGAAUGAUGAGUGGAAAUUGAAGAAAGUAGUGAAUAACCACAAAAACCACACCCCUACCCCUCGCAAGUCACGAUACAUAUCCAUGUAUCGGAAAGAUGAAUUGGAUAGCCACGUAAGGAGAAAGUUAUUUGAUGAUAUUGAGGCUGGGGCCCGAAUUCCCCAAAUUCACAAUAGUUUGGCGCUACAAAAAAACGGUGUUCAAAACAUGGCUAUCACAAAAAAAGAUUUGCACAAUGUAGUCCUCAAGUAUAAGAGAUUGAAGUUAAAAGACGGUGAUGCAGAGGCUAUGCUAGAUUAUUUUACCAAAAUGACUGAAGAUAACCAGAAUUUUUUUCACAUGCAUAGGCUAGAUACAGAUGGGUCUCUGAAGGACAUAUUGUGGGUUGAUGCUAGGAGUAGAGCUGCUUGGGAGGAGUUUGGGGAUGUAGUAUGUUUUGAUGCAACAUACUUGACAAAUGAGUAUGAACUACCUUUUGCCAAUUUCGUUGGUGUUAACCACCAUGGCCAAAGCAUAUUGCUUGGAUGUGCAUUGGUAUCCCAUGAAGACACUGAAACUUACCAGUGGGUGUUUCGUACAUGGUUGGCAUGCAUGCGGAAAAGUCCAAUCGGCAUCCUAACCGAUCAAGCAGCUGCAAUGCGGAAAGCUUUAUCCAUUGAAAUGCCUGAAGCGCGACAUCGGUGGUGUUUGUGGCAUAUCACCUACAAAUUUGCAAAGAAACUAGGGGCGAAAAACAACUUUCCGGAUAUAAAGAAGGCACUUUUGAACGCAAUAUAUAAUAGUUUGACUGAGGCGGAGUUUGAAGAGAGCUGGACUGCAGCCAUUGGGAAGUUUGAACUGCAAGAAGAUACAUGGUUGUCAGGUUUAUAUGAAGAGAGGGAGAUGUGGGUUCCUGCAUAUAUGAAACAUUUGUUUUGGGCUGGGAUGAAGACCACCCAACGGGUAGAAAGUAUUAAUAGCUUUUUCGAUGGGUAUCUUGACAAGCAUACCCGGUUGUAUCAGUUUGGCCCGGCUUAUAUGAAAGCGAUGGAGUCAAGAGCAAAUGAUGAGCAGCAGGCUGAUGCCAACUCACACAUGUAUUUGCGCACAUUGGCCACUGGUUUUGCUGUUGAGAAAACUUUCCAAUUAUUAUACACAGAUGCAAAAUUUAAGGAAGUCCAAAAGCAAUGUACUAAAUGCUUAUAUGUUAAUAGGGUAUCUAGGAGGGCUAUUUAUGAGGAUGUGGUGGAGCACACACUGGAGGAUCGUAUUUGGAUGCACUGUGAUGAAACAAAAAAAGAAAAGUUAACAUCUAAAACCAGAUGUUACCAAGUGAUGGUUGAUAGGAAAACCCUCUACGCGUCGUGUGUAUGCAAAAUGUUUGAAUGUGAAGGAAUUGUUUGUAGACAUGUAAUUAAGGCAUUAGACAUGGAGCACAUUAGAAUAAUAUCGGAUAUGUUUGUAUUGCGGAGAUGGAAGAAAAAUGUGCAAAGGAAGCAUACGAUGGUGAAAGUUGCGUACCAUGAUCCAUCCAAAACGGAGGAAGUCAAGAGUUUCGAUGAAAUGAUGGAUUCUUUUAAGGACUUGUGUCUAGAUGCAGCUGGGCUUCGGGAGUGUGUUGACAUCGUACUUGAGGGCUUAGCAGUGAUGAAGAUCCAGUGUAAGGAGACAAAAGAAAUGUAUAUGAAUUCGCGACUCGAAACACCGAUCUUCAAAAGUCCUAGCACUCAAUGUACUCUAAAUUUAUCUAAAUCAGAUUCUGGUGUAUGUUCGACUACAGCAGCCCCUAAGGUGAAAGACCCAGUUGCGCCUAAAAAGGCGGCAAAUAGGCCUCGUGAGACUCGUUUCCUAUCAUGCGUGGAGCAGCCGAAAAAGAAGGUCGCGAAAAAGAAGGAAGUUGUCACUAACAAGGUUGCAGAUGGCCGUGCAAAACCCACGAAGAAGGGUGCAAAGGUUGCGAAUAAGCAAGCUGGACCGAAGGAGAAAAAUGCUGGGACCUCUAAAUUUGGACAAGAUAAGGAUGCCGAUGGCGUGGAAGUUGUUGGAGGCCACAAGUCUAUUGGAGGAAUAACAUGUAAUGAAGGAUCUAUUGGCUAUUUCACACGCAUGCUAGAAGGAGCUAACUCUGAGCAGCCCAACAUCGUUUCAGGCGACCAAUGUCACGAUAUGCUCCGCCUCCGGUUAGGUUGA